AUGUCUGGACGUGGCAAGCAAGGAGGCAAAGCUCGCGCCAAGGCUAAGACCCGCUCCUCGCGAGCCGGGCUCCAGUUCCCCGUGGGCCGAGUGCACCGCCUGCUUCGCAAGGGCAACUACUCCGAGCGGGUCGGGGCCGGCGCACCGGUGUACCUGGCGGCGGUGCUGGAGUACCUGACGGCUGAGAUCCUGGAGCUGGCGGGCAACGCGGCCCGCGACAACAAGAAGACGCGUAUCAUCCCGCGCCACCUGCAGCUGGCCAUCCGCAACGACGAGGAGCUCAACAAGCUCCUGGGUCGCGUGACCAUCGCUCAGGGUGGCGUCCUGCCCAACAUCCAGGCUGUGCUGCUGCCUAAGAAGACCGAGAGCCACCACAAGGCCAAGGGCAAGUGAAACGUUUAGCACUUCUUCAGUCCCCGUUCCGAAAAUCAAAGGCUCUUUUCAGAGCCACCCACUUUCUCCCGGAAAGCGCUGAAAUACUUCGUAAGUGUAGGAGACAUGUUCAAGUUUUAACGUGUAGUUCCGCUUAAAUUUUGUUUAUAUUAGCCUGUUAAAAGUUUUACAUUUAAAAAUGGGAAACCGCUCCCAUCUUUGCCACAAAGGGGCUAAAUUGUUAGCCGUUGGUCACAUUUUAUGCACCAUAAAUUCUUAGAAAAAUUCAUGAAAGUAGCUUUCUGCCAUCCCUUUAACUGAAAGAUGCAAUACGUUUGUAAACUCACAUAAAGAACCCCUGUUAAGGGAAUUCUCUGUCAGGACAUAAAUUAGGGCUUGUAGGCUAUGGAUAACGUAUAUGUAUGUAAAUGACAAAGAAUACAGACCAUAAUGCCUCAUGUUGAGUGGUGGUUUUGCAUGUACACGAGGUAUAUACAUUAUUACAUAUAAAUGUAUAGUCAAACGAACUUGGUGUCAAAAAGUA